AUGUUCUUUCCAAGGGCACUUUUUGCUGUGGUUGUCACAGCAUCACUGGUAGUGCUGCAGCUUUCCAAAACCCUGAGCCCCCAGAGGGAUUCAGAGGAGUCUGAUGCACCACAUCCUUGCCUUCUUCGUGACCCUGUGAUGCUGAACUUCCUCUGUCUCUGCAGGUCCCUUGCAACCAUGAUGAAGUCUAGAAGGGUGCAGGUGCUCCUGAUUCUGGCAGUUCUGACCUUCCUUCUGAUCCACUUCCACUCCCAACCCUGCAGCAACAAUGUCCCCACGGAACGAAAACCUUCUUCAGUCCACAUCCUCAUUCUCUCCUCCUGGCGGUCAGGAUCUUCCUUCACUGGACAAAUUUUCAGCCAGCACCCCAGUGUCUUCUACCUGAUGGAGCCUGCAUGGCACGUGUGGGUUAAGAUGUACCAGAACAGUGCCAAGGUCUUGCACAUGGCAGUGCGGGACCUUGUCAGGUCGGUCUUUCUGUGUGACAUGUCUGUGUUUGAUGCUUACAUGUCUAGCCAGAAGAAAAAGUCUGAUUUGUUUCAGUGGGAGACAAGCCGAGCCUUGUGCUCCCCCCCGGCCUGUGACUUAUUCAGUCGCAGUGACAUAAUUGCUGCAGGCAAUUGCAGAACAAUCUGUGCCAAGUCCCCAUUCAGCAAGGUGGAGGAAGCCUGUAAAACCUACAGCCAUGUUGCCAUCAAGGAGGUUCGGUUCUUUGACCUGAAAGUUCUCUACCCGCUUCUCACUGAUCCGUCCCUGAACCUCAAGAUCAUUCACUUGGUCCGUGAUCCUCGGGCUGUAUUCAGGUCACGAGAGAAUACAGUGGCAGACCUGAAACGUGACAGUAACAUUGUUGUGGGGUCCGAGAGGACAAAGGGAGAAAUGGGACCUUACAACACCAUGCAAGUAAUCUGCAAAAGCCAUGUUGAGAUUUACAAGGCUGGCAGCCGGGCUGUCCCCAGCUUCCUGAAGGACCGCUACCUGCUGGUUCGCUAUGAAGACAUCGUUAGAGACCCGCUAGCAAGGACUGCUCAGAUGUACAGGUUUGCAGAACUCCAUUUUACACCAGAACUUCAGAAGUGGGUGCAUAACAUCACCCAUGGGAAGGGGCAAGGAGCACAGGCCUUUGAUAUUAGCUCCAGAGAUGCGCUGAAGGUAUCUCAGGCCUGGAGGAAGACCCUUCCCUUCCAGAAAAUAGAAAAAGUGCAAAGGGUGUGCAAGGAUGCAAUGGACCUGCUGGGCUACCAGCUCAUUCAGUCUGAAGAAGAGCAAAAAAAUAUGUCACUGGAUCUUUUGUUUGACCAUAACUCCUCUAAAUAA